AUGGAUGUGAAGUUCAGGUCAGUGACGUCAUGUCCUACAAACGCCAGUUCUUGGCUGAGCAAUGGCAUUAAGUUACAAUGUCCCAAUGAUACACUGGGUAGGAACCUGUACCAGUGUGUACCUAAUGCUGACAGAUCUUCACUGGUGGAGUUUUGUCUUCAAGGAAGUAUUGGCAGAUAUGGAGCUAAUUUGUGCCCUUAUGCUGUACCUACCAGACACCUGGACGCCUAUAACUGCUCAGCUUUUCUAAGUGGUUGUCCAGAAGAAGCCUAUAACACGAAUGAAGUGUACAAAUAUCCCACCUGUUUAGAAAUAAAUCCAGAGAAAAGAUGUUAUUUGGCAAAUGCAAACUGCCCAAACAAUUCAAUGUCAGUAUCAUCAAACACUACAGAUCCUUACCAACCAGAUGAUGAUACCACAGCAAUUAUUGCUGGUGUUGUUUCGACAUGCAUCGUAGACCUGGUCGUUCUCGUCGUUAUAUAUCUCCUUUACCGUAAACGCCGUAACAAUACAAGAAAUGAAGAAGAACGAGAAAGAGUUCCCAUGCUUCAUAAAGGUGAGAACUUGUGA